AUGCGGGGACAGGUUACGCUAGAUGCAUCUCCUCCUGUCCACCGGGGCAUGAUGGAGCUUGAACGCGGUGCCUUUCAGAAAUCGAUACCUGUGCUCGCUGCCAAAGUUCCUCAAGCACAGACAGGGGUGGUCUUGAAGUCGGAAAUAAUGAAGAGAUCUUUGAUGAAUCUCCCAAAAGUUCGGACUGUCGUGAAUGACCCGUCCAAUUCUUCGGACGAUCGAUUGGUGCUUUUACGCGUCUCUGAAGAAGCGGACCUGCCUGAGCCAGCCCAGCAAUUCCUCAAGGAACGGUCCUUCAGCUUGGUUCCCCAUACACUCAAAUUGGAUUAUGAUUAUUGGACAGCAGACGAGAUACUGCAAGCAGUACUCCCCGAAGAGCUGUGCGACGGGUCGCCUACCGGUUUCGCUAUGACCGGCCACAUUGCCCACAUGAACCUAAACGCCGAGUAUCUACCAUACAAGAGCCUUAUUGGUCAAGUCAUUCUGGAUAAAAAUAAGCGAAUCACGACCGUCGUCAACAAGCUUGAUAAUAUCGAUACGCAGUUCCGCUUCUUCAAGAUGGAGCUGAUUGCAGGGGAGCCCAAUUAUAUUGUGGAACAUCACGAAUCGGACUGUCGGUUUACUUUUGACUUUACGCAAGUGUAUUGGAAUUCCCGGCUACAUACGGAACACGAUCGGCUUGUGCAGCUUUUUCAGCCCAAGGAUAUUGUUGCGGAUGUAUUUGCAGGAGUCGGUCCUUUUGCCUUGCCCGCUGCGAAAAGAGGGUGUGGCGUCCUUGCCAACGAUCUUAACCCAAAUAGCGCAAAAUACUUGGCCAAGAACGUGGAAGAUAACCGAGUGAAGAACCUUGUGCGCGUCUCUUGCGAGGAUGGUCGAGACUUCAUAUUCCAUGUUGCGCGGCAGCUGUACGACAACCCCUUCCCGCCAUACACCGGGCCCAAGCCAAGUAGGGCACAAGAGAAAGAAGAACGGAAGCGCCGUCAAGCUCAAACUCAAACGAACGAUACGACCCAGCCGCCGUCAAGUGGCGAUAGGGAGAAACCGUCAGAACCUCCCCGACGAAUGGUAUCACAUUAUGUGAUGAAUUUGCCAGACUCGGCCAUACAGUUCCUUGAUGCAUUUCGGGGUAUCCUCUCGUUUCUUUCUAGCGAACGGAAUUUAUGCGGUAGCGGCGAGAUAGUGCUGCCAAUGAUCCACUGUCACUGCUUUACGCGCGAACUUGAAAGAGACAAAGCAGAGGCGGAUAUUCGUCGGAGAGUCGAAGAGAAGUUGGGGCAUGCUAUCAGCGAAGACGUCUCCUUCCAUCUAGUGCGUUCUGUGGCACCUAACAAAGAGAUGUAUUGUGUGAGCUUCAGGCUGCCCGCCGAUGUAGCGUUUGCCGUAUGA